AUGAUGAAUAGAUCAAUUUCACCCGUUAGAUUAUCACCUUCAACACCAGUUAGUUCUUCACCUGUAUUAAAUGGAAAGUCUAAUUCGAUUCAAAUAAAUAAUAAUAAUAAUAAUAUAAAUGGUGCAACAACAACAACAACAUCAUCAUCAUAUAAAAGAUUAUAUAAUCGAGCAAGACAACAGUUUUCAUUUCAAGAGUUGGCAGGUACCGAUCUGACGUUGCUCAUGGAGGAGAGUCUGUUGAUUCGUGUGUUUCAGUUUCUAAGCUAUCACGAUCUCUUUGUGGUGAAACGUGUCUGUUCUCGAUGGAGACCUCUCUGUGAGAACAAAGAUUGUUAUGCCGGACUCGAUAUGCAAUCGUUCAUUCACAACUGCAGGUAUCUACCAAAGGCGGUGUUGGCUGCCUACAUCUCGACACUUGAUAUGGAGGGAGAGGAAAUCGAUGCACUCAAAAUGGUAUGUCGUGAGAUACCCAGAGUGAUUCUACCAGACGAUCCAUCACCACCACCACAACUAUCAUCAUCAACAACAUCAACAACAGCCACUUCAACAACGACAACAACAACAACCACCAGUAAAUCAAAUGGAAUCAAUGGAUUCCUCCAAGAUUUAAGUAGUAGUUUCAAUAGUAUUAGUAGUUUAACGAUUAGCGGUGGAUCGAAAUCGAAUGGUCAUCUUAGAACACACUCUAGCAAUGGAAUUCACCAAGAUGACACAUUCGGUUCAUUAACUAGUUCGAACUCAAGCAAUGGAUCACUGUCAUCCUCCUAUGAAUCACCAUCAUUAAUGUCAAGUAAUAGUUCAUCAACACCAACAUCAACAAGAACAAUUUUAGAAGCAAUGAAAAUACUUAUUAAACCAUUUAUAUUUAUAUUAAUAAUUACAGAAAAUGUAGAUAAAGAAACUCAGAAAAAAGAAAAGUUAAGAAGAGAACGAGAAAAGAGAAUGGAAGAAGCUAUAAAGAAUAUGGAACGACGAUAUAUUACCGAAUUGGGAGAAGAAGAAAUCAUCAAAGAAAGUAUACCUUCACUAUCAAGAGAGAAAGCAUGGCCAUUAUUAAUUGGAAAUGAUUUAAACAUUACACCUGAGUUAUUUUCAAUUUUUGGAGCAAGAGCAGAGAGAGCAAAACAAAAAGGAGAAUCUUCACUGGGUCGUGAAGGUACUGUUACACUUAUUCAGUUGGAUCUACCAAGAACUUUUCCAAUGUUAUCGAUUUUUCAAAAUGAAGGACCUUAUCACCAUAAGCUUGCUGCUGUACUCGAAGCCUACGUUUGCUAUCGACCGGACGUUGGCUAUGUUCAAGGAAUGUCCUACUUGGCAGCAAUAUUUUUAUUAAUUUUAGACGAAUAUCAAGCAUUCGUUUGUUUAUCAAAUCUUUUAAAUAAUCCAUGUUAUAUGACUUUCUAUACAAUGAAUUUACCACAAAUGGAAGUUUAUAUGAGAGCAAUGGAUUCACUUUUACAAAUUCAUAUACCAAAAGUACAUAGACAUCUGAAGGAAAUGGGUAUUCAACCAGAUAUUUUUAUGAUCGAUUGGGUUCUUACUAUAUUUUCAAAGGCAUUGCCACUGGAUGUAGCUACACACGUUUGGGACUAUCUCUUUUUAGAGAAAGAGACCUUCAUUUUCCAAGUGGCACUGGGAAUCCUAAAGAUGUAUUCAAAGGAAUUGGAGACUGGUGAUUUCGACCAAUGUAUGACACUGCUUACACAUCUGCCACCAGACAUUGACGAUGACGAACUUUUCCAACACAUUGCAACUUUUAAUAUUAAACCAGAGCAAUUCGCCAAACUUCUCAAUGAAAAGUCAUCACCAUAA